AUAUUUUGUCUGGUCUGUGUUUUUUUUGUGUAAUCGAUCUGCCUUAUCUUUGAUUUUUGGCUGUCGAUUUUAUGUGUUUUUCCAAGUUUUAGGACAUGGGUUUUGAUUAAUUCAAAGAGAAGAUUGAGGUUUAUGGUUGUUCCUGAUCCUGUCAGCUUGAGAUCAGUUCCUUUUUUCCUCUGGAAAAUUUUUGUGUUCUUCUCUAGUGAUUUUACGGGCAAGUUGACUUCUAGGUAGAAGGAUAUAUCGAUUUCAAUCUUCUGCAAGUUGAAUUUUCUGACUAUUCUAACGAAUAGUCAAAGGAAAGAAGGGAAUUCGAAGCUUGCUGGUUGAAAUUUGUGUCAGAUUUUGUUGAAUUCCGGGUUGAUUUGGUGUUGAUCGGGAAUAAAAAAUGAUGAUGUUUGAUGAUAUGGGACCUUGUGGUGAUAUGGACUUCUUUUGUGCUCCUUUUUCUGGAGGAGAUGUUCCUGCCCCUCAAACCGAGCCAGAGGCCACGGUGGAGGAUGAUUACACCGAUGAAGAGAUUGAUGUGGACGAGCUUGAGAGGAGGAUGUGGAGGGACAAAAUGCGCCUUAAACGGCUCAAGGAGCAGAGUAAGAGUAAGGAGGGUAGUGAUGUUGCCAAGCAGCGUCAGUCCCAAGAGCAGGCUAGGAGGAAGAAGAUGUCCCGGGCUCAAGAUGGGAUCUUGAAAUACAUGCUUAAGAUGAUGGAAGUUUGCAAAGCUCAAGGUUUUGUUUAUGGAAUUAUCCCAGAGAAGGGCAAGCCUGUAACAGGCGCAUCUGACAAUCUUCGAGAAUGGUGGAAGGACAAAGUCAGGUUUGAUCGAAAUGGUCCUGCUGCCAUAGCCAAGUACCAAGCUGAAAAUUCUAUUCCUGGCAAGAACGAAGGAUCCAAUCCAAUUGGACCUACCCCGCACACGUUACAGGAGCUUCAAGAUACCACUCUUGGUUCACUUUUAUCUGCACUAAUGCAACACUGUGAUCCUCCUCAGAGGCGAUUUCCAUUGGAGAAAGGUGUUCCCCCUCCGUGGUGGCCAACUGGGAAGGAGGAAUGGUGGCCUCAACUAGGUUUGCCUAAGGAUCAAGGUCCUCCACCUUACAAGAAACCCCAUGACUUGAAGAAGGCGUGGAAGGUUGGUGUCCUCACCGCAGUAAUUAAGCAUAUGUCUCCAGACAUUGCCAAGAUUCGGAAGCUUGUAAGGCAGUCGAAGUGCUUGCAGGACAAGAUGACAGCGAAAGAGAGUGCUACAUGGCUUGCCAUCAUCAACCAGGAGGAGGCCUUGGCCCGGGAGCUCUACCCAGAUUCCUGUCCCCCUCUGUCCUCAAAUGGAGGAAGUGGGUCUUUGGUCAUUAAUGAUUGUAGUGAGUUUGAUGUUGAAGGUGCUGAAGAUGAGCCAAACUUUGAUGUGCAAGAGCGCAAACCUGAGAAACUCAAUCCACCUAACUUGGGAGUGGAGAGAAUGCGGGCAAUUCAGCAACAGCCACCUUUUCCAAUCCGAGGAGAAGUUAUCUCAAACUUGGAUUUCAUUCGCAAGCGGAAGCCCUCAAAUGACCUAAACAUGAUGAUGGAUCAGAAGAUCUAUACAUGUGAGCACACUCAAUGUCCAUAUAGUGAACUCCGCUUGGGUUUUCAUGACAGGACUUCGAGGGAUAACCACCAAUUGAGUUGUCCAUAUAGAGGCAGUUCUUUGGAGUUUGGAUCCUCAAACUUUCAUGUUAGUGAAGUAAAACCGGUCAUCUUUCCUCAACAGUUUGUCCGACCUAAGCAAGCUAACUCAGUCCAGCCAUCUAUUGAUCUAUCUGGACUUGGCGUACCAGAAGAUGGGCAAAAGAUGAUUGGUGAGCUCAUGUCAAUCUACGACCACAAUGUUCAAGGAAACAAGAAUUUAAACCAGGGUAACCACUCAGUUACUGAGGCUCAAACUUUUCUUCAGCCAAAAAUUCAGCAUCACCAGGACCAAUACUUCCAUGGGCAAGGAGGAGUCAUGGAGGGAAACUUCUUUGAAGAAUCCAACGUACCCGAUAACCAUCAAAUGUUUUCACAAAACGAUAAUCAAUUAGAACGUCUUAAGGUUAUGAACUCUCCAUUUGAGGCCAACCAUAAUAACCACAAUUUCCAGCUGAUGUUUGGGUCUCCCUUUGAUUUGGCUUCAUUCGAUUACAAAGAGGACCUACAAGCAGUAGGGAUGGACACACUGCCGAAACAGCAGGAUGUUUCGAUCUGGUUCCAGUAACUACUUCAAUGAAGGUUCUUGUUUUUGGAUGGUUCUUUUUAACUUAAAUAUCAGAAGCAGCUUUCAUAUAUCCUCUUGGAUGCUUUCUUUCAUGUCAUAUCUCUCUGUCUACUGUUACUACUACAAACUACUAAAAGCUUCCAUGGCAGGACUUGACCUUGGUACGGCUGUGACCUGCAAAAGUUUCAGAAGCUAAAUAUUGUUGUCAGUUACUGUAAUUUUUGUCUGUUGGGUUUUUUUUUUUUUUUUUUCUUUUUCACUUGUAGCUGUAGAAUUUAGCUUUAGCAGGAAGGAGCUGAAAUGGGAUGAAGAAUAAGAAGUUGAUAUGAUCCCAUGAUAAAGCCUGCCCGCUAAAUCAAUUAUUGAUGACUUUUUUUUUGUGACAUAAAUAAGUUAAGGUUUGUAAUUUUCUAUCU